AGAUUAGGAGGGAAGGUUCCCUUUCUCCUGUGAAUUCUCAAAAAAUCACCUUGUUGCUGCAGUCUCCAGCUGUGAAGUUCAUCACCAAUCCUGAGUUCUUCACUGUGCUGCAUGCAAACUAUAGUGCCUAUCGAGUCUUCACUAACAGUACCUGCUUGAAGCAUAUGAUUCUGAAGAUCCGUAGAGAUGCUCGAAAUUUUGAGCGCUAUCAGCACAACAGAGACCUGGUAAAUUUUAUCAACAUGUUUGCUGAUACCCGACUGGAGCUUCCUCGUGGCUGGGAGAUAAAAACUGACCAGCAGGGCAAGUCUUUCUUCGUUGACCACAAUAGCCGUGCUACCACUUUCAUAGAUCCCAGGAUCCCGCUGCAGAAUGGUCGUCUCCCUAAUCACCUGACUCACAGGCAACAUCUUCAGCGACUUCGUAGCUACAGUGCUGGAGAGGCCUCCGAAGUCUCUCGAAACAGAGGAGUUACUCUGUUGGCCAGACCAGGCAAUAGUCUCGUAACAGCUAUUCGAAACCAGCACCAUCAUGAGACAUUACCUCUGGCUUACAAUGACAAGAUUGUUGCAUUUCUACGCCAACCCAACAUUUUUGAGAUGCUGCAGGAGCGUCAGCCCAGCUUGGCCAGAAACCAUGCACUCAGGGAGAAGAUACAUUACAUUCGGACAGAGGGUACACAUGGGCUUGAAAAGUUGUCCUGUGAUGCAGAUUUAGUAAUUCUGCUGAGCCUUUUUGAAGAGGAUAUUAUGUCCUACAUACCGCUGCAGGCUGCCUUCCAUCCUGGUUACAGUUUCUCUCCUCGCUGCUCACCCUGUUCAUCACCCCAAAAUUCUCCAGGACUGCAGCGAGCAAGUGCAAGAGCGCCUUCUCCAUACAGGAGGGACUUUGAAGCCAAGCUGCGCAAUUUCUAUCGAAAACUUGAAGCCAAAGGAUACGGGCAAGGUCCAGGUAAAAUUAAGUUAAUUAUACGACGUGACCACUUGCUGGAAGGCACCUUCAACCAGGUAAUGGCAUAUUCACGCAAGGAGCUCCAGCGGAACAAACUCUACGUCACGUUUGUUGGCGAGGAAGGGUUGGACUACAGUGGCCCCUCCCGAGAAUUCUUCUUCCUUCUGUCUCAGGAGCUCUUCAAUCCCUAUUACGGGCUGUUUGAAUAUUCAGCCAACGACACUUACACUGUGCAGAUCAGCCCCAUGUCUGCCUUUGUUGAAAAUCACUUGGAAUGGUUCAGGUUCAGCGGUCGUAUUCUUGGCCUUGCUCUCAUUCAUCAGUACCUUCUUGAUGCUUUCUUCACAAGGCCAUUCUACAAAGCACUACUAAGGCUGCCAUGUGAUUUAAGUGACUUAGAGUACCUGGAUGAAGAGUUCCAUCAGAGCUUGCAGUGGAUGAAGGAUAAUAACAUCACAGAUAUCCUGGAUCUCACCUUCACAGUGAACGAGGAGGUGUUUGGACAGGUGACAGAGAGAGAGUUGAAAUCUGGAGGGGCAAACACAGCAGUGACAGAAAAGAACAAAAAAGAGUACAUCGAGAGAAUGGUUAAGUGGCGAGUGGAACGAGGAGUGGUUCAGCAAACAGAGGCCCUGGUCCGUGGCUUCUACGAAGUUGUAGACUCCAGGCUUGUCUCUGUUUUUGAUGCCAGAGAGCUGGAGCUGGUUAUAGCUGGCACUGCAGAAAUAGAUCUCAAUGACUGGCGUAACAACACAGAAUAUCGUGGAGGUUACCAUGAUGGACACAUAGUAAUACGGUGGUUCUGGGCAGCAGUGGAGAGAUUUAACAAUGAGCAGAGACUCCGGUUGUUGCAAUUCGUCACUGGAACAUCAAGCGUGCCAUACGAGGGCUUUGCAGCUCUCCGAGGGAGCAAUGGGCUGCGGCGCUUCUGUAUAGAGAAAUGGGGGAAAAUCACCUCCCUCCCAAGGGCACACACAUGUUUCAACCGUUUGGAUCUUCCACCUUACCCCUCAUAUUCUAUGCUGUAUGAAAAGCUGCUGACAGCUGUUGAAGAAACUAGCACCUUUGGACUUGAAUAAGGGGGUUCAGGCACUUCUGGUGUUUUUCUGGCUGAUGAUGUCACCUUUCCUGUCCACCAUCAUUUGAUCUUGGUUUCCCAUAGUUUUAUUUUUGAAAACAAACAAACAAACAAACAAAAAUCAAGAUUGACAAAAGCUGUGCAUGAAGAACUGCCGCCCUCUAGGAUCUAACCUUCAUGCUUUCAUCCUGUUUCCAAUGGACUGCUAGUCUGUAUGCAAUAGAAAAACAACUGUCUCAAGGUUUCUGUAUAUCUCUACAUACCUCCAUUAAUAACAAUGAAAAUACAAAUGCAAGUUACACUACACUUGACCAAAUGUUAAUAAAUGUUUACUUCCACCUACGUUGAUUAAAAAAUAAAAAAAAACUCAUCAAGCA